CAGCAAAUAGAGGCUUCUAGAUAGAGGGCAGGUGGGUCUUCGCAUUUUGGUCCAAUUUUACUGUAAAAUCCUGUUUUACGAUUGAUGCAAGCGUAAGAACGAUACGCAAGCGUUGCUGAAAUCUUACAGGUCCUCACACCUCAAAACAUCCGCCCGUGGCAAAGACUGACAACAUGGCAGCCAUCCCUGUCCCAUGGUCCACCUCAGCUAAAGUAUUCGCCAUCAGCUUUGUAGUGGCGUUUGUUGCUUUCUUCAUUCUGCAUUAUCAAGAAAUGCGCCAAAAACUUGAGCAAGAAGCCUUUGAGAAGGCUGUGAAAGACUUUUCAGAGAAUUGGCACUGAAUGCAAAUUUCAAACAUUAGAGUACGAUUUAAUAUACAAGUAUUCAAGCACAAAGAAACUGUACACAAGGUGCCAUGGAUGACCGAUGCUUCCCUAACCCCUAUGAUGACUACAGUGCAGGGUCAGUCCAGUUGUUAGAACCAGAUGGCCAGCUUCAUGGCAGUCUUGCUGGCAGGAUCCGUGCAGCCCUGCCUGGCUUGCUGAAGCAGGUGGAGGAUGGACAGAGAUCUGAGUCUGGACAUGACUACUCCAUCUACACAGGCAGCACGGGGAUCGCGCUCCUCUACCUGCACCUGGCACAGGUGUUCAAGGACGGCGCCAGGGACGACUUUCUCAAGAAGGCUCUAGAGUGGGUCCAGCCGGGACUGAAGCACCUGAAGCGGAAGAGACUGACGUUUCUGUGUGGAGAUGCCGGUCCCCUGGCAGUAGGCGCUGUGAUCUAUCACAGGAUGGGGUUGAAGGAGGCACAGGAAGGCUGUCUGUCCAAGCUACAGGCCCUCAGUCCCGAUGCGUUAAACCUGAAGUCCGACCUGCCCGAUGAGGUGCUGUAUGGCAGAGCUGGCUACCUGUACGCACUGAUGUUUGUUCGCAAGAACAUCGGUGAUCAUGCAGUGGAAGAGAAGCUCGUGGAUAAGGUAGUGCAGGUGAUAGUGACAUCUGGACAAGCUCUCUCCAGACAAGAGCAGUCCAGCAGUCCUCUGAAGUAUGUGUGGCAUGGUAAGCACUAUGUGGGAGCGGCCCACGGGAUGGCUGGGAUCUACUAUCAGCUCAUGCAGACACCGUCAGCUGCAGCUAAGGCAUCCCUGCCAGGCCUGGUCAAGCCAAGUGUGGACUAUCUGCGAAAGCUGCAGUUCCCGUCUGGAAAUUAUCCGUCGUCUCUGGGGAACACGUCCGACAGGUUGGUGCACUGGUGUCACGGAGCCCCGGGAGCGAUCCACAUGCUGAUGAUGGCCUAUCAGGUGUUCCAGGACGGGGCGUACCUCGAGGAAGCCAAGCGAUGUGCCGACGUUAUCUGGCAGCGUGGCCUGCUCAAGAAAGGUUACGGCAUCUGCCACGGAGCUGCUGGGAAUGGCUACGCCUUCCUGUCCAUGUACAGACUGACAAAGGACAAGGUGUACCUCUACAGAGCUGUCAAAUUUGCGGAGUGGUGUCUGGACUAUGGGAAGCAUGGAUGCCGUGUCCCUGACCGACCGUUCUCUCUGUUUGAAGGUCUGGCAGGAGCUGCCUACUUCUUGGCAGAUGUCCUUAACCCUGGGUCAGCGCGAUUCCCAGCAUUCGAGCUGUAACACGAACCUAGUGCUCAGCUGCUAGUAGUAAUGGUGGAAGUGAGCUCCAUAUUGAUGCAAUGUUGUUUUUCUAUGUAGGGAGUCUUAGAAAUGCUGGUAAAAUAAUAGCAAGCAUAGAUACUUUCUGUUCGUGUACUGCAACAUGUCCUCAUGAGCAACUAAGACAUUAAAAAGACAAAUAAGGACAUAUUAUUAUAGUCUACAUUUCUCUGUACUUCUGAACAUUGGCAAGUGCCAGUGUCUGUGGCAGAAUUCUGCCCAUUUGUUGCAAGCUGGUAAGCUACAUGUAUGUAUAUGUACAUGUAUAGGACUUUAGAGUGGCAGUGUAUCUAUAUGUACACAUGAACCACAGAAACUCUGCUGAGAUUCCAGCUGUCAGAAGCAACAACACACUUGUUUGAUCGGCGUGAUUGUAACAGUCACCUGAGUCAACAGUAUUCUAAGUUGACAAUAAAGUACUUCAUUUCCUACAUUAUGAAGGAAAGAACGCCAGCUGAAGAUCCCAAUGUCAAGUGCGACUGUUCUCUCUACCCAUCAUCUUUAGCUAUCUUAUUUAAAUUGUGAAGGAUAUAAACUCUGAGCUUGUGAUGGGCAUCAGUUUGUAGUCCUUUUUAAGUACAGUAAAUUCCCUUAUUUUCCCAGGGAUGUAAUGUCUCGUUAGAAGCCAAUAAAUAGAAAGGGGAAAGCAGGUUUUCACUGUAUUUUUCCGCUUGAAACAUUCUGUAGUACGGUAGCAACACAUUGGAAAUAAAACCACUGAGAAGAUUGAAAGAUUUACAGUACGUUUUAUUGUUACAGCAAGCUGCUUGCUAUACAUUAUUUCAUUUUAUUGUAAGACUAUUCGGAAGAUAGAAAAUAAACAUUAAAGAGUUCUCUAAUGUUAA